GCGUGGAGAGUUGGCGAGACGUCACCCAUCCACGCGCGAACGCGGGCGUUCUACGUUCGUUCAGCCGCUGUCGCUUCUCCUGCGAGUGAACGAGAGAGAGAGAAAGGGCGCUGUAAGAGGAAGGCCCUCCCCUCCUCUGCUUUGACCUAUUUCCUAUUUUAUCGUCAUCAUCUCCUCCUCCUCCUCCUCCUCCUCUUACUCCUCUUACUCCUAGCCCUAGUCCUCCAAAGGACGUCCCACGCGUGUUAGCUGUAACGUUAAGCCCAAGACCACCACGGCGUUCUCCUCCUCUCCCCCCUCCCUGGAUUGCACCCGACGCAGAAGAACAGGAGGCUCCGCCAGCUCUCGUCUCCCGUGCCAGGAAGAGAGGACGAAAACAGCAGUAGCAGAAGCAGAAGCAGAAGCAGUCAAGUCGUCCCCUCCACCUCCUCCCCUCCUCCUCCUCACUCCCCCGCGGCCUCAAUCCAUCGUCGGUGCCGGUCUGUCCCGCGACGACCCACCACCUCCUGCCCCCUCCUCCUCCCUCGAUCAGAUCCUCCUCCCACGCAAAAGCCGGCAGGACCGCCCCCUUUCGCUCUCCGUCGGACGCCCACCUCCUUGGUCGAAUUUAACCCCUGGGAACUUUGCCGGCAUCAUGGACAAUCGCUGUUGCACCGCCAUGGCCUCAACCGCUUCCCCCUGCCUCUCUCCUGCACACAGGCCUAAGGAUGACGCCGAUAGGCCUCCCAGGGAUAUUGGGACACUCCACUACACAGACCUGCUCCCCUUCACGGUCACGGCGAGUCCCGAAACCCGGGAAUUCCUGCUCCGAGUCGCCGACAUCUCCAUAGACUACGUGAGGUCGACCUUCGACCGCAAUUCCAAGAUCUUGGACUUCCACCAGCCGGAGCAGCUCAAGGAGGUCCUGGAAUUGGAGAUUCCCGCCAAGCCCCUGAACUUGGACCAGCUCCUGGUCGACUGCAAGGAUGCCCUCAAGUACCAGGUUAAGACCGGUCACCCUCGGUUCAUGAACCAGCUGUCAUGCGGUCUGGAGGUGGUCUCCUUGGCAGGAGAAUGGCUGACAGCGGCAGCCAACACCAACAUGUUCACCUACGAGAUUGCUCCCGUCUUCAUUCUUAUGGAACAAGUGACCAUGAAACAUAUGCGCGACAUCAUCGGCUACAAGGCAGGAGACAGCAUCCUAGCGCCAGGGGGCUCCAUCAGCAACCUGUACGCUGCCCUUGCUGCCAGGCACAAGAUGUUCCCCGAAUACAAGAAGAAAGGGUUGGCAGCCAUCCCCGGGGAACUCGUCAUGUUCACAUCACUCCACAGUCACUACUCUCUCAUGGGCGCAGCUGCAGCCAUGGGUCUAGGAACAGAUAACUUGGUUGAAGUUCCAGUUGAUGACAGGGGCCGCAUGAUCCCAGCGGAACUCGACAGACUCAUCCAGGAGGCGAAGGGCAAGGGCAAAGUGCCCUUCUUCGUCACCGCUACGGCGGGCACGACGGUCAUGGGAGCAUUCGACCCCCUCCACGCCAUCGCCGACGUCUGCGAGAAGCACAAGCUGUGGUUCCACGUCGAUGCCGCUUGGGGAGGUGGUGUUCUAUUGUCCAAGAACCAUAGGCACAAGAUGGCGGGCGUCGAGCGAUCCAACUCCAUCACUUGGAAUCCACACAAGCUGAUGGGCGUCCUUCUCCAAUGCUCGACCGUUCACUUCCAGGAAGACGGCCUAUUGAUAUCGUGCAACCAAAUGUGUGCGGAUUACCUCUUCCAGCAAGACAAGCCAUACGACGUCAAUUACGACACAGGCGACAAAGUCAUCCAGUGCGGUCGCCAUAACGACAUCUUCAAGCUAUGGCUCCUAUGGAGAUCCAAGGGCGACGAGGGCUUCGAGAAGCACAUGGACCACCUGUUCGAGAUGACCUCCUACAUGGUGCAGCGAAUGAAGCAACACCCAGACAAGUUCGAAUUCGUGAACGACGAACCCGAAUGCACGAACGUGUGCUUCUGGUACGUCCCCCACCGCCUCCGCACCAUGAAGGCCGGCCCUGAGAGACACCAGAUUCUAGGAGAGGUCCAACCCCUGCUGAAGGGCCGCAUGAUGACCGCCGGCACCCUGAUGAUCGGCUACCAGCCCCUCGACCACUACCCCAACUUCUUCAGGAACAUCAUCUCCUCCCAGGCGGUCAGAAGGGAGGACAUCGACUUCAUGCUGGAAGAGAUGGACCGCCUUGGCUACGACUUGUAAGGCGCCCUUUGAGAAAGAGAAAAAUAACGAAAGAAAAAAGAGAACGCGAGAUGAAAACAAUAACGAGGGGGAUUUGUUGUCUUGAAAAGGGUGGAGCGAAG